AUGUCGGCUGACGGUAAUUACUCACUUAUUAUCUGUUUUCAUAAACUUUCUAUUUGACAGUAAAGUAUAUUUUGUUGCAUUCUUGAUCGCAGCAAAUUUUUAUAAACGGUUUCAAGUGUGGAUGAUUAUUAUAAUCAUAUAUGAGCUCGUAUAAUCAUGCAUCCACAAAAGCUUGGUUUUGUUGGUGGGCCUUGCCUCGUGAAUUUGAGAAGGAUAAUUAUAUAUUUAUUCUCAGAGGUGCGUGGAUCCUAUUAGGUUUUUUUUAUAAGUGCAGUAGUAAGGUCUGCGCAAGGAGAAAAGACCGUUUAGUGUGCAACGAGCAUCAUUGGUUAUGGCAUUCCUGUGUAUCACUCAUAGCGGCUAUUGAACGCACUUCCCCGGCCGUUUUAUCGUCCACAUGCUUUGAUACAGAAUUUGUCCCACAGUGUUUGUUUGUGACGACCUCCGGUCUAAGCGGGAGGCACCGGAACAGUCUGCUCCCGUUGUCGCCUGCGCUGCCGCUCACCCAUGUCGCCUUUUGUUUACCUUAUCCUCCUGUUCGUCACUGUCUGUGUGCUUGUGAGCCAUCCAUCAGGUCUCCAGAACCAUGACGCCGGUCAGUGUUUACCUUCGUCGAUUGGUCGCAGCCGGCUAAAGCCCAAACGCAUGAAUCUAACGACAUAACCCGACUAACACUCGGCUUGAGAACGGCUGUUGCAACCUCCUGUUGAGUCACGUGCACGCUCUUAGCUGCAAAUAAUGUUGUCUUAUCCUGACUUUUGGUUCGGGAAACCUCGAGUUUCAGUUUUUUAAUCCCGCACAAGUUAGUACGCUAACUUGGAGUAAAUCAGUCAUCUCAAAGCCCAUACACGUGUUUGACCGAUAUUCAGCCUCCGGAUGACUCAGCUUCAAGGGCCUCUAGCUACUACCUCUGCUGCCUGUGUAGUUAAAUUACACAUCACGUGUAGAUCUUGAGUUGCCGACCACUGCACUUCGACGAAUUUACAUCUUUCUAUAAUUAUUUAAUACAUCUUACCAUUAUUUUCCAGUUGCGAUGUAGAUGAAAGCUUUCUCCCUCAAACUAGUGGACACACACGGCGAGUUUUGCCUUCGACUGAGUAGUACCUGUAGUGCAGUAAAAGAUGUGCACCCCUGUGGGUCUCGGUUUCCAUAUUCACUUUUCUUCGCGUUCCUUCGACGUCCGUUUCGCGCCUGUGAGAGGACGUUUGUGGGGCUGGUCAGAGUAUGAAGUUCCUUGAAAAACGGUCGUGUCGCUUACACGACUGUCUGUAGAAAUACUAGUGGCUUCCUCGAUGAAAUGUCAAAAGAUGUUAUCAAAUGUAUUCAGCCCUGUUCCAGUAAAGGUUUUUUCAUAUGUUGCGUCUUGUGUUCAAUGUGAGCAGAUAGGUGUUCCACGUGUAUGCUGGGGAUAUGUAAUACCCGCUUUCAGAGAGGUUGGUCUGUUGAAACUUACAGACCUUGACCGAAACAAACAUCCACAUUGAAAAGCUCCUCACCAUUUUGGUCUCGGUAACUUAAAACUCGUUUUUUUUGGCCAAAAAUCGACAUUGUGUGGGACAUUUCUGUGCCAAAUUGACAUCGCGAAAAUAUUCCGUCUUGCAUCGAGACUAAUUGGGAGGUGCCCAGGAAGAGUCUGGAGCCAGAGGAAGUACGUGCAGUCGCAGACUUUGAUCCAAUUACUAUCCAACUUCCAUCCAGAAGUUCCUGUCAAGAAAAGACCAAGUGGUAUUCUGAGACGGUUGGAACUGACGAGGCCAAACACUGCUAGUUGUACUUGGCACGAAUGUGAUCGCGCCUGAUCAAGCCACCGUGGCCGAUGUCCAGAUUGAACCUUAACUCUUGGUGAUCAGAGGAAGUGGAUCUAGAGAGCCUGGCGCACUCUCUGCCAACAAUGAGAACCAAUGACCCAAGGAUCAUUCUCCUGUCUUUGCGGACCGUGUUGAGCCAGGUCGUGAGCUGACCAAGUAAGCAAAGGGUUAAGAUGAAGGGUGGCAACUCCAAACUCGAUCCAACUUUGCUGCACCCAUAGGACAUCCAACUUGAUUGCGCUUGUUACGUAGCAUAAUUAUUUUUCGGUUUUAUCCUUUUUUAGCACCGCCGAAGUUAUACGUGUCCGAAAAGGAUGGUGACGACAUCAAGGGUGAUGGUUCAGAAAAGCACCCAUUUAAGACCGUCAUGCGUGCACUGAAGUCACUGAAUGGAGAUGUUCCGGCGAGUACUUGCAUUUUCGUUGACGGUACAGAAGAACGGUGGGCACCGAUACCAAAGACAAGGCUAAAAAAGAACCUCAAAAAUUUCAAAACAGCACAGAACAAGGCAAAAGCUGGGGUGAGUCUCUUUAACAGGCGGACUAGCUGACAUCUUCGUAGUUACCACAUCUUAUUGGAAUUCACAAUGUUUAUUAAUUAUCGGCGAGGUUUCCCACUAAUUUUUUUUGUCUGCAAGUCCCAACAGCCGGCUGCCGCCACAAAGGAGGCCGUGACUGCUGCCGGGGAAGCACUGGAAGCUCUUGUCAUAACGGAGGACAAGUCUCUCCCAGCCGCAAAACAAGCGAAAAUUCGCCGACUAAAGAAUUUUAUAGGCCAACGCGUCAAGGUUUACGGCUGGGCGCACAAUGUCAGGCGUCAGAGCAAGAAGUUGAUGUUCAUCCUGCUGCGUGACGGUACUGGGUUUUUGCAGUGUGUGUUGGCAGACAACUUGGUAGGUCCCCACCGUCCGCACUUUUUCUAGUUCUCCGGUAUUUGUUUGGAGAUGUUCAUCUGGAGUUUUGGUUCUUUGUUUUAACCCAUAUUAAAACCGUCUCCGUCGAUGCUGCCUGGACCAUUUCCCUGUCUCCCAUAAUCACGUUUGCAAUAGCCAAAACCGUCGUGGUCUUGGUUCGUGUGAUCGUCGGGCAUGUCCAUAUCCGCCAUCCGUGCUUUCAAGGAUGACGUUCGUCCAAGUUUAUCGAGGGCUACAGGGUUAGUAAAUAGCUCUGCGUGUUUUUGAAGGUAACUUGCGCCGGUUAGGUGUUUGUCCAUGAGGGUUCAUUUUGGGCCAUCGUGCUCUGCUUCGAGUAAUCAAAGCCGAUAUGCGAGAAAUCAAAUAUCUUUGCUAUACUACGCAUGGCUUGCGGUGACUAGACUAAUUACUAGUGAAGAAUUAUGCAGUCAUUGCGUUGCUAAAAGUCCUGUCUAUGCAUCAGAACUCGAGUUCAACCUUUCAAGCACAUCGUAGCAUCCUGUCCCUAACCAGAUUCAUAAUCUUGUACUUCAGACAACUGUUCUCGUGCCUGCUCGAGCCGACCAGACUGACGUCCCAGAUUGAGCCUCCAGGCUUGAGGACCAGCGGCAGCGGAUCUAGAGGGUACGAUUUACUGCCUUCUUCAGAAAGAGGAAUCAAAGAUCCAAAAACCACCCUCGUGUCCUCGCGGACGCUGUCGAUUCAGGUUUUGAUUUUACCAGGUGGGCGCAGGCUUCAGAAAUUCAGGCUUCAGUGAACUGAUUGGGAGGCUAAACAAGAAAGCGUCUAGAUAACCUCGAUCGUCUUUAUCAGUCUGAGAUGUUUCCGCGAACUUUCUACGCCGACUGCGCUCCGUCUUACUCCAGACGAGGUAGGCGUACGUCAAUCGAGGGUUGGUUCCCAGGCAGCCGUUGUCAAAACUCCUGUUUUCGCACACAGCCUGACCGUAAGGAGGUGCCAACCAGAUGGAUGCGUGGCUCAUCCGUACCUUCUUGGUGAUUAAGGUACUGCGAAGUGGUCCAUGGACAUCUGGGUCUUCCGAAAUCCCGUAGUAUCAUUGACUUUGGUGAUAAUAUAAUUCCUGCUCUGUCCAAUUGGCAACUACGCUCGGAUGUUCUUCAAACUGUACAUUUCAGACCGUAAGCUGUUAAUCUCUAGGGACUCAUUUCCUUGGUCUGAUAUGCUGCCGGGAGUCAUACUGUCCUUUCUGCAUUUCUUGCUUGAAAGAUCUCAUUUACCCGAGGCACGGCGCUCUGACGCUAGGGAGGCGAUAUGGUUAAUGUAACUGAACUGAACCAUCCGGCCCCUAAGUGUAAAUUCGAUCUCUCCAGAGCCUCACUAAACCCCUUUGAGUUUGCACAUGCUUCCAGUUUUGUCAUUUUUUGGCCAAGAUUCCUGUUCAGGGCCCCUCCAGGUCAUUUGUAAGCCUGUAGUCUUCCGUUUGUCUCCGGCUUUCCAAUUAAUUUCGGAUGUUUCCCUCCAGUGUCUCACUGCCGACGCCCUGACUUUAUCGCCGGAGUCCUCACUGUUCGUGUGUGGAAAGCUGGUGAAGGUUCCUGAGGGCCAGCGUGCACCUGGCGACAUUGAACUACAAGCCGACUACUGGGAAUGCAUCGGAAAGGCUCCUGCUGGCGGUGUCGAAUCCAUCCUCACAAAGGAUAGUGAGGUUGAUCUUCAACUGGAUAACAGACAUCUCAUAAUUCGAGGAAUGAGGGUUCGUGCUGUCUGCUUGCCUUAUUUCAUUAUCUGAGUUGGUUUUACUCUCCCAAGCCCUUACUUCCACUGAUCGAAUUUUUACGUUUCUCAUUGACAGGGCUCCAAAAUCCUGAAGCUGACUUCCAUUAUCUCGGAGGCCUUCCGUGACCAUUAUCGGGAUCGUGGGUAUACUGAGGUAAGAAUAUGCAAUUUACUCUCUUCCCCAUUUUGUGGUGUUUUUCGGCCCGGCCAUCGGUCUUGCGUUUUCACGAAGUAUGCCAUGGACGCUUCUCUUGAAACCAGAGCAUGUGGUUGGUCUUCCUCUUAACUGCGUGUGAAGUCUGUAUCUAGUUCCCCACCCUUCAAAGUAGGUACUGUUCGGAAGUGCAUGAUUUAAGCAGAAGGGCCGUUUCACUGACGCCGUUUUGAAUCUAUGUUCACGCUGUAGAGUUCCAAGGCAGUCUAAAAUCGUAAGGUUCACUCCAGAUUUGGCGUCUUAAGAACUGUUUAUCAUAAAAGUGCCAGCAUCCUAGCGUCAGACUAUUUGAAAUAGGAUGGAGUCGAGCCGCCAACCUCCCGACUAUGCCAUCAGAGCCAUCUAGGAUACGCCUGUCGUCUGUUCAAACAGUUGAUAUUCCCUGAUCCACAGUUUCUGCGAUUUGUCAUUGAAAAACUUUUGACCGUUAAAAUUACAGACUACCAGGUUUUUUUUCUAGAUGUGUAUCCUAGGUUGGGGGAUGUGGCGCCACCACCUUUUUGCAGUUCCGCAGCUUGUCACUCGCAGCCUCAUGUCAAUCAGUCGUCCUUACUUGUGAACAAGGGCCUCCAUGCAUAGUCACUUGAGGGAUUUGUGCCUCGCUGAGAGGCAUCGGUAUCCAACCCGCCUAGCCCUAUCGCCGGUGCAGCGCAUAACGGGUUUGUCCGCAGAUCGAUCGAAAAUGGCCAGCGCUGUUACGUAACAUCUACAGGAAGGGGGGAGGUCAAAUAAAGAGGGCUAAGGCAAGAUGCCAAGUCGGCAACAGCCCAAUCGACUGGACUCGUUUUGGCCAUUGAAUCGCUAUGAGAGAGAAGAGGCGAUCGACCUUGCCCGAUCUUUUGCCACUAUAAUUACAUUAACGCGCUUGUCCCUAGUGCCAUCUCGGGUAUAAGGGGUGUUUGUUGCCGCGUUGGAUGAACUAGGUAUUCCGCCGAAGACACUGAGGUCGUAUAGGUCCUGAUCAACCCAUAUUUCCCCACUAUGCGCGUCAUUUCACUGCCAUAAAUCCAACUUUCUUACUGCCUCUUUUGAGAUUCGCUUGACUAUCACAGUAAAGUUUACCACGCCGCACUUUUGGUAGAACUCCAUUUAAUCGUCUGUUUUUUUUAGGUCCACCCACCGACACUCGUACAAACUCAAGUUGAGGGGGGCUCUACGCUCUUCAGCUUCAACUACUUUGGUGAGGAGGCCUACUUGACUCAAUCUAGCCAGUUGUAUCUUGAAACCUGUAUCCCAGCCGUUGGUGACUGUUUCUGCAUGGUUCGGAGUUAUCGUGCUGAAAAGGUAUGGCCUCUUGGAAGUGCACAAUCUUACCCUUUUGAUGUCCACAUCUGUGCAUCAGUGUAGCCUUGCAGUUUCUAUGGCAGUGACUGCGAGGAUUGGCUGCCUUGUGUUCUCUCACAAUGAUCUGUCUCUUUUCAUGUUGAUAACACUUCCUGCGUUUGAAUUUUCUAGAUUUUCUCCCUACAUAGUUUCCUUGUGCUUGAAUUGAUUGUCUGGGAUCAGGGUGGCUGCAAUUACUCCUACUGCUUUCAAAUAUCUGCACAUUAACUGAGACCGAAAAUAUUUAUUUAAGUCUAUUGGUGAUUUUUAUUUGAGCCAGAAAGGCAGUGGAGGUGGCUAGUUAUUUGUGCCUUCGCGAAGACCGAGUUUCGCAACCCCUGAAGUGUCGGGUUAGCAUGCCGCAACUGUUCAUUUGCACUGGGCCUUCCAAGCUUCAGCCCAUUAAAUGCGUUUUACACCCCAAUUUCUAUUAAACUUCCCCUCUUUAUCAUUUUUAUGCCAUUCGAAUUUCCGCAUUCUAGAGCCGUACUCGCCGACAUUUGUCUGAAUACCUUCAUGUGGAGGCCGAGUUGCCGUUCAUUCAAUUUGACGACCUCUUGAACAGCAUUGAAGAUCUAGUCGUUGACGUCACUGAGCGAGUCAUGAAGGUGGCGAAGGACCUCGUCCUCGAGAUCAACCCUGUAAGUCAUUGGAGAAGCUGCUGACGAUGACUAUGCCCCCCCCCACACAUGUGCUACUUUAGUUGCAUGUGCUGCAGAACAGAGACGGUUAUUCGAAGUGGUGGAGUAUUCUGCGCUCUGUUAACUUCUCACCCCCUGCCAUCUUCAGGAAUUCGUGGCACCAAAGCGUCCAUUCCGACGAAUGGAGUACCGGGAUGCCAUUAAAUGGCUCAACGAACACGGCAUCAAGAAGGAAGAUCAGACUCCUUUCGUCUUCGGUGACGAUAUCCCCGAGGCCCCUGAGAGGCAGAUGACUGACACCAUCGGAGUGCCCAUCCUCCUAAUCAAAUUCCCCACUACCCUGAAGGCCUUCUAUAUGCAAAGAGUCAAGGGAGACCCGACGGUUACUGAAUCGGUAUGCCUCUCACUGUUGUGUCGACUGUCUUCUUUAUAGAGAAACUGACUGUGAAUUUGCCUUUUUGUACAGCCAAAAUGUGCGUUUUCUAAGCAACGAGCAGUGUAAAGUACCAUUGGUUGUUUCCUCUCGUUGCCGCUGGGCAAAUUUCUCCGUGUUUGCCUCUUUUAAAGGUUGAUCUGUUGAUUCCCGGUGUCGGAGAGAUUGUUGGCGGUUCCAUGAGGAUGACAGGAUACGAGGAUUUGCUUGAGGGAUACAAACGUGAGGGCAUUUCCCCGGAGCCAUACUAUUGGUACACUCAACAGGUAAGUCUACACUUAACACCACCUAGGUGUGUUUAAAUGAGCCCCGUUGGUUUAUGGUGCCCACCUCGUUGUGUUCCCAUCCACGUACCUAAUUAGGGUUUGUUAUUAUUUGAAGAGGGCGAGAAACGCAGAGCAGAGCAAGUGUUUGGUCGUCAAUCCCAGCAUGUGACAAGAUCCUGUCCUCCAUUCUGCCGACAACAUGCUACCUACUCGUAGCAUAUUACUUUUUGGUAUUUGCUGAGAAGUUUCGGUUUUCUGUGGCUACCUCACUCUUUGUGCCAACAACCCGGAACUCGAAGUGACUUUUGGGAAAUGCGGUGCCGCCGAGUGACGCCUCUGUAAAAACAGGUCACCAUGGUCCUAGCUAUGAGUAGGAGUAUUAGUAGACGCCUGAAGCGUCCUCCUUGUGCGUCAAUUAACCCCUUUUCAACUUCGCGGCAGUGUAAUUGUUCGCAGUAAAUUGCACCGAUCGAGUUCGUAGUGCAUGAGACUGAAUUGUGUCUGUUACUUGAUGUAAUUAAUACCACCCAGUUUUUGUCGUAACCCCACCUUUUUGGUACUUUGACGACAGUCUUUAGCAUGAAAUCACUCCGUUCAUCACCAGAGUCGACGUACUUCGUACUUUUUAGGCCAUCUUUCUUGUUUGCUGUCUGCAGCGAUCAUGAUGAGGCGUAUAUCGGUCCUUUUCAUAAUCCCACGCCUUCUGGGCUCUAUCUCGUCGCCGCUAACUUAAUGUUUCUUAACAUUUCAGCGUCAAUUUGGUACAUGCCCGCACGGGGGAUAUGGCUUGGGCUUCGAGCGUUUUUGCACUUGGAUGCUCGGACAGUAUCACAUUCGUGAUGUUUGUCUGUACCCGCGUUACACGGGCCGAUGUAGACCCUAAUUUAGGAACCCCGGUAAUCCUUUCAGCUCCCCCCUCCCUUCCCCGUGCCUUGUUCAUUGUCAGCGCCGCUUCUUUCCUCCCCGCGUUCCCGACUAAUAAACGCAGUUCUUCUAAAUGCUGUCUUUUUUGCUCUUUCUCCUGCCCACCCCGUGUAAGGUUAGAGAGGAAACUUGUAGUGUCUGGACGUGUUUCUACCGGUCUAGAAUACCCUAGGUGGAGAUGGUGGCGAGCUUAGAGCCUUUUCUUCACCUCGCCACGUAGGCAAUGGCUGCCCGCAUCGACUGAGUAGUAUCUGUCUCGCCAACGCGUUCCGCUGCUGCUGGCGUAUUUACCCCCGAGGUCGUCACCAUAGUGACGACGCGUUAAGUCGGCUGCCUUAGGUGUCAGGCCGGGUUCAUGCGCUCCACCUUGUCUCAGGAGGUCAGGUCUGACCUGCCUUCUGGUGGCGGGUUUGACGUGGGAGAGGGUAGCGACUGUCGACUUAUUCUGUUUACUCUGUACCUUCAUUUUGGCAUCGGCGUUUGUUGAGAUAAGAUGGUUUGAUCGCCUUGAAGGCCCAAGAAGACGAUUCCGGCAGGGCUGGGGUAGACUUCACAUUAGCUCUGUGAGUGGGUGAGGCGGUUUGGCAAGUUGUAGUACAUGCUAAAUGGGUCUCGUCUCCAGUAUCGGUGGAGAGAUUGCUCCGAAUUCGUGGGUUUUGAUUUCCCAACAUUUCCUAGAAGUCGGGAGAAGAGUAGAAUGUUGGUUUCAUGGGUUGACGGCGGUCUGAAAAUGGGGCUUCGGCAAAAGGCUCAGAACAGUCGGCAGGUGUUAGCGAGGGACUCCGUGGUGUAACCUUAGUUUCAGUAACGGAAUUCCCUAAGAUCUGGGUGUCUUUGACCAAUGGGCACCGGUGAAUGGCUGUCGUGCUUCGCAGAGGUUUGACCAAACAGAGUCCUGUCCCAUUGAACGAGUACCCUACCACAGGUUUCGUAUUGCGGUUGUCGGGUGUAUGUGUGCAGAUCAUUGAGCGACUGAACAAGUUUCCUAGUGCUGUUGGGCACUACAGCCUCUUCUGUCGAAUGGACCCUACUGGAUUGAGGGAGUUUGGUUCCUCCCAAAAUGUUCUUACUAUGCCCUACUAAACUAUCCAGCAGGAAAUCAAGUCUUACCUUGGUGAAGAGGGUAAGAUGUGACCGGUGUCUCUUUUCGACACUAGCUAAUAUUAUGAGUUUGACUAGGAACUACUAUCGAUCGGGCUUGCCCUCUACAACUCCAUUUAAAAGCCGGGAGCCCCAACUUGCAAGUGUGUCUGUUCACGCAGGUUCAAGCUGGAGGGGCUAAUCAUCUGUAGACUAGGCCAAACUGGCACAUGCAAACGAUUGAUGGCUCGGUUUUGACAUCCACCCAUGUCGGGCCUGCAAGAGGGGUGAUUGUUCGACGGCGUCAAAUGUGUACUCUACGACGAGGUGGACCUGAGACGGUGACUUGCGCAGCGCCCGCCACACUACCUCGUUUCUUACCCGCCUUGGCCUAGCGGUAAGACGGGGCUAGGACAACCGGGGGGCGGGUUCGGGUGCGGUGGCUGGAAACUGAACAGUCCCGUCUACGCGCGCUACACGCGGCCCGGCACCAGCCAGUCGAGCCAGAUCUUCACGAAGCAGAAGGAUCGGCUCGGAUCCCAUCCGGAUGAGAGUACAGUAAGGGUCGCCGGAUUUAAUAUUGCUGAUUCUUUCACCAACACAGACCAGGCCUGAAAAGAACGAACCUCGAAUCCCAAAAGAGGCAUUGUGAAGGUUACGUUGAGUAAGAAGCACUGUAGCCCGACAUCCAACCACAAUGGAUCAGGUUAUUCAUAGAUGUUUUGGCAGGUUUUGAAUAAUUCAUAUUGACCCAACUGUGAAAAACUCGGCGCCUCGAUGGGAUUCGAACCCACGCAGUAAGGAGAAGGCUUUAGUAUAGCCAACGCUCUAACCACUUGAGCUACGAGGCCCCGCCGGACGACUCGAGUUUAAUUACAUUUGGGUCAAGUUAGCCGCCCAGCCUAUUGCAACGUCUGUUGGAGUAAUUGGCCACGCGGGGAGCGCACUGGUGAACACUCUUCCCAACACCCGGGUCAACGCGUCAGAUGGUCGAGCAAUCAUCACACCAACAUCCAACGCACGUGAUGAAAUUGCAGCAAUUAACGACGCGAAUAUCGGCCAUCACGCCACGGGCAACGAACCCUGAUGAAGGGGAGGGAGCCAUGAAUAUUCAUAGGUAUGCGGUAGCAUGGCUACUGCAUCCUAUAAAUACUGCAGCCGCAUGUGCAUGAGCCACCCUUAUCUGCUUAUGUCUCUGAUGAUGGAUUCGAGCAGGAAUCCGAAACGUCAGGCUAUUAAAGCUCUUGUCCCGGCGAUCGUGUCUUCUUCAAAACUUUCGUACUAUUAUUGUUUUCAGUAGACGUGGCACUGCUCGUGGAACAUACUGUCCUCAAAUCUGCGCUGUUUUCGUCAUGGUCGCUGUUAUCAUACGAGCGUUCUCUAUUAACGAGGUAGGCCGGGACUAUCCGGCUGAAAGGACGUUCUCCGAUUUCAAGAAGUCCUUCGAGAGUACCUCAUCGGCGUCUCUUACGAAAAGUAUUGAGGUGUUUAACCGAAGGCACCACUUUAAAAUAAUCAAAACGUUUUAUGUCAUUAAGUAUGCAAGGCAUUUUUUUGGUACCAGUAGGAAACGACCUUCUCUAGGAUUCGGUAGAUGUACUAUCUCAUGGAAUGUUAACCGAAAUUCUAAAAUAUGUUUCGAUCCAAAAGGAUUAGCUGAGUAGGGCUAUAACAUGGUGCAGCAUAAUUCCAAGAUAUUUCAGUCACUCUAGGAUGUUAAUUUUUAGAUCAAUUUCUUUUUGGUUGUCUGCAAUAAUGCACAGUAAAAAUGACUACUUAAGUAGCAGGAACAUUUCACAUUGGUGUUCGGGGCACUUACAAAUUCAGUUAUAUUUUAUAGGAAACGCGCACAAGAGUAAUUUCAUUUGAACUCAUUUAGUAGCAAAUCACGUCUUCUUCGAAUUUCCUACUUAAAGGGUGUUUCAGUUUUAAAAAAAAUUUCAAUUCCCGAAUAAUUGUUUGCCCCACCUGCCGUUUCACCUGCAUUAAGGGUUUUCAAACUAUAUGCCGUAUACAUUCCGUCAGAGGAAUGCCACACAGUUCUCAACGCUGUUAGGAAGAUGUCUCACAGCAUUCAUGAAACGUCCUGAUGCGAUGUUGUUUGAGUCGGCAUUUCAUGGUCUUAAAAGUCUCACAAUUAGAAAUUAUUUUUAAGACCGAAAGAUACUUCAAGUAUAAAAGUUGGACAAGACGUAAUUUUCCACCACAUGAGUACAAAAAGGAAUAUUUUUGCGCAACCUCGCAAAAUAUAUUUGAAUGUAUAAGGGCAUCUAAAGCGAAUCGGGAAAAUAAAUACUACUUCAACAUUCAUUUUUACAGCAUUUAGUUUAUGCAGGCGGCUGAAAACAAGCUCGUUCAAAAGCCGGCAUCCUGAUGCGGCUGAAAUAUCUGGGGAUAAUACGGCACGAUUAUUAAUAUUACAACCCUACUUAAUUAGUCCUUUCAGCUUGAAAACGUACAGAAUUUCAACCAAUAUUCCAUGAGAUUGCGCAUCCACUGUAAGUCCUCUUCUCACGGAAUCUUAACAUGGAGGUGGUCAUUUUAGCUGAUAUCAAAAAUGUGGAAUGCCAUCAGAAGUCCUGCUAGCGCUAAGAAAUUACAAGAAAACGCUGGACAUCUGAUAGUCUGACCGGCCAGAGGGCUUCAAAAGUUUACUGGGCUCAAAUGCGUUUUUCUCGCACUUGGACGUGCGUCAGCAAUAUUAUUUGACGGACAAACAGCAGCACAUUGAUGGAAUUCCAGUCCUUGGAGCGACGGCGAAUUUAAUUCCACCGCACAACUGGUCCCCGACAAUGCCUUAUUCGUGUUUUCAUCAGCUUUCUUUCUGAAUGCUUCUCACUAAUCUUUAGCCUGCCCCUUAAACCUUCACCGCAAUACGGAAUGCUUUAUUGGGAGUCAUGUUUCAGGGAUGAUAUUUAUCUCAACAAGGAGCGCAAAGAGGGUCGAUGUUUCCAAGAAUCUGUGAAACGCAAAUCAAGUUCGGUUUAUUUCCUUUACGUUAAGUACAACUAAGAUAUAACCUACCGUGAGCAUUCCGUACUCCCUGCAGGCAUAGCUGUUUAUCAGAAUAGGUGAACUUAAUUGAGCUUGAAAGCAUAAUGACCGUUUGAAGGCCGUGGACGAAAACGUCCAGCGUGAGCAGCAUUGAUGAUUGUGGCGGGAGAAUUAAUUUAUGGUGGAAUAGAUCUGUGCAACAUCUGUCACACGCUCUCCUCCCUCGUCCACCUUAAUCCGGUGACAGGACAGUGUCGGCUGGUCUUGGGCGCAGUGACUGACUGAGUUACACAGCCUGUCUACGCGUGCACACACGACAUAGUCCUUACAAUCUGUACCAGGCUUUCAUUGUUCUGGCUCGGACCGCAGGCGCGUGCUGGUGCAAUAAAGGUCACAUUCUGGAAGAACCACUUCAAGUUGGCACCCAAUCCUCCAGUCAUUCCAAAAUGCAACUCGAGUUAUAGAAGCGAAGAUACGAGUUCCAGGAAGUAGUCUUGAAGAAGGAGACACGAUCGCUGUCCCAGCGAAGUUCACCCAGGUCUCCGGGUUCAUCUGUAGAUGCCCGAGGAAGGUCUCCACGGUGUCCUUUUAGCGACCCUUUGUCGACCUUGCAUACGACCAGCCGUAAAAUAGCCGCAUGGUAAGGGUAUGGUUUACGCCCGGGAUCACUUAUUUCGGGGAGAAGUUGUGUUAAAAGUAAAUGACUGGCAAUAUUUAUUUGUAGGUGACAGAGAAAGGAAUGAAAAGACCUCUCGGUGGCUGCUGCGUUAGGUUGGUCAAGAGGCUUUCAGGAAUUCAUCGGAGUAAAAAUACGACAAUGUAAUGCCUUUUCGACAAUGCCUCCGAAUUGACACUAACUUUAUUUAUUAUUAUCAUUAAAUGGUAAAAAAUACUGUCCCCUUUUGAUUGGUGACAGUAUGGAGGAUCAGAAUUUGUGGUACCACAAAGUUCUUGAAUGUUCGACUCUUUUCCUCAACACAAUUGCUCCUCGGAAUAAGUGACCCCGGGCGUAAGCCAUACCCUUGCCAGCCGCUUGACCAGACGCUUAUCAUCCAUCCCCACGGUCUGGCCGCUUCGUCGCAGAUGCAUCUGGUUCAACAAGGCUUAGAUACCGACGGCGCCGGUUCUUCCCACGAUGCCAUCAUAAACCAUUUAAACGACCAUCUGCAGAAGGUCGAUCGCGAACUUAUGCAUCUGGUCCAACAAAGGCUUUCCUCUAGCAAACCGACUGUCUGGCCAUAAAAAUCGUUCUCAGGCAAGACCGUAACUGUAGCACUGCAAAUGAGUUUAGAAGACAGCUGAAUCCUGUCCUUUUCCAGGGUAAAGAGAUAUCAUACUAACAGCAAAGGUACUAACUAAAAGCCCGUACACGCGUGUCUCGCCGAUAUUCUGCGGCUGCAUGGCACAGCUGAGGGUAGUUCGGCCCAUUCGUGGGUCCCUCAGAAUUCCCCGUCUGCUUUGUGGUAGAUACUCCAAUUUAGAAAUUGUUACUUUUUAAUUUCCUCAGAAAUUAUCUGCAAACUGGGGAAAAAUCAGUAUAUUCUAGGUCUUUGGCAAAAUAUUAAUAUUUAACAAAUUCGAUCUGAGCAUAUACACCUAGAAUACACUGAUCUACUCCAAAUUUACAGUUAAUUUCUGAGGAAAUUAAAAGAAUUAUGUCCUUUUUGAUAAUCAUCGACUCUUUAACUUUAUUACCCAUAGCCUGAUUCGAAAUACGCCUCUUAUGUUACAUGCCCUCCGCAAAUUUCGCCGAGAAAGUGACCUUGUGAAAGUACAGUGUCCAGUGACACCCUUACAAUGAAGGAGAUUUAAUGUUCAUCGACUUCCGCAGAACCUUCGACAGUGUCCCAAAUCAACGCUUCUUGCAUAAACUGAACGCCCCAUGACAGUUCUGCAAUCAUUGCUCCUUAUUCUUUGUGUCAGUGACCUGCCAUCUGCAUCUUUGCCACUCUACGAUCAUGUUUCCCGAUGACUUUUAGGCUCUGGCAAGUUAGCAAGGGCCCGGAUGACAAGAGGGCUCAUCAAAAUAAUCAAUACCGACUGAAAGCAUGGUCAAAGUGAUGGCUACUGGAUUUCAAUGUGAGAAGUGUGCAGCUCCCAUCUGCCUCCAAUCAAAUACCACCCAAACGUCAUCAUGAGGAUAUAUGUCCUGAGAGACAUUCAACUCUCCAUAGAAUAUUCACAGAAGCAUCUCUGUGUUUGGAUACAAAGCUGUCUGAAAACGCCAUUGCGAUACAUCGAGGCAGCGAAAACGCCAAGGAGACUCCAUGCUAUCAGAAGGCGUUUACAACUUUCAACAAAGGCUUCUUUGGUAAGUCUACGCACCUUCGUUCUACCUCACCUAGAACAUGGCGCACAGGCGUGGCGGCCAUGCCUGUUGAAGGACACAAUGUCCCGAGAAAGAAAAACAUCGCACAAAAAGGCUAAAAAGGGUUGA